GGCCUAGGGCGGUGCGGGCGGCGGGCGCCAUGGACGACGAGGAGGAGACGUACCGGCUGUGGAAGAUCCGUAAGACCAUCAUGCAGCUCUGCCACGACCGGGGCUACCUGGUGACCCAGGACGAGCUGGACCAGACGCUGGAGGAGUUCAAGGCGCAGUUCGGUGACAAGCCCAGCGAGGGCCGGCCCCGGCGCACGGACCUGACGGUGCUGGUGGCUCACAACGACGAUCCCACCGACCAGAUGUUCGUCUUCUUCCCGGAGGAGCCCAAGGUUGGAAUAAAGACGAUCAAGAUGUACUGCCAGAGGAUGCAGGAGGAGAACAUCACCCGAGCGCUGAUCGUGGUACAGCAGGGCAUGACCCCUUCGGCAAAGCAGUCCCUGGUAGAUAUGGCUCCCAAAUACAUCCUGGAGCAGUUCCUGCAGCAAGAGCUUCUGAUCAACAUCACAGAGCACGAGCUGGUCCCGGAGCACGUCGUCAUGACAAAGGAAGAAGUAACGGAGCUGCUGGCCAGAUAUAAGCUGAGAGAGAACCAGCUCCCGAGGAUACAGGCCGGGGAUCCUGUGGCCCGGUACUUCGGAAUAAAGCGUGGUCAGGUAGUGAAGAUCAUAAGACCGAGUGAGACUGCGGGCCGCUACAUCACCUACAGACUGGUGCAGUAAUCUGGAGCUGUCGGGUGUGGGAGAGUUGUGUGACGCCUCCCGAUCCGCCGGCAGUUUACAGACGCUCCGAGAUGUCUGCCUUUUCACAGAUGGCCAAGAAAAUUCUCCUUCCGUGUUGCCUCUAUGCAGUUGUGUUACUUGGCCUAAUUCCUUGUUUUCCAGCAUGGACUUUGCUGUAACUCCUUAGUCUUCAUUAAGGACUCAAGCCAUGGAAGUGACCUGAAGCAACAGAAGCGUGCAGGGAGGAAGCGAGUGGAAAAAGGCCUUUGCUUUCCUAUUUUAUUUUAUAGGAUCUUAUUUUUAAUAAAGAUUUGUACUCUC